GAACCUACAAGCCGGACUCGGAGAUUAAAGCCACCUCACCAAGAAGACAGACUCGGCCGGCUUUCUCAAGACCUACCUGGGCACACAGGCUGACCCAGCAAAAGAACUGAAAACUGCCGACCGAGAUGGACGGCAGUAACUGCAAAGUCAUCGCCCCUCUCCUAACUCAGCGGCACCGGCGGCUGGUCACCAAGGACGGCCACAGCACGCUUCAAAUGGAUGGUGCCCAAAGGGGCCUCGCGUAUCUUCGAGAUGCUUGGGGAAUCCUAAUGGACAUGCGCUGGCGCUGGAUGAUGCUGGUCUUUUCUGCUUCUUUUGUUGUCCACUGGCUUGUCUUUGCAGUGCUCUGGUACAUUCUGGCGGAGAUGAAUGGUGAUCUGGAACUAGAUCACGAUGCCCCGCCCGAAAACCACACUAUCUGUGUGAAGUACAUCACCAGUUUUACAGCGGCCUUCUCCUUCUCCCUGGAGACACAACUCACCAUUGGCUACGGCACCAUGUUCCCCAGUGGGGACUGUCCAAGCGCCAUCGCCUUACUUGCCGUACAAAUGCUCCUCGGCCUCAUGCUAGAGGCUUUCAUCACAGGUGCCUUUGUGGCGAAGAUUGCCCGGCCAAAAAAUCGAGCUUUCUCAAUUCGCUUUACAGACUUAGCAGUAGUAGCUCACAUAGAUGGCAAACCUAACCUAAUUUUCCAAGUGGCCAACAUUCGACCUAGCCCUCUAACCAGCGUCCGGGUCUCCGCUGUGCUGUAUCAGGAAAGAGAAAAUGGCGAACUCUACCAGACCAGUGUGGACUUCCAUCUUGAUGGCAUCAGUUCUGAGGAAUGUCCAUUCUUUAUGUUUCCACUAACCUACUAUCACUGCAUUAUACCAUCAAGUCCUCUGGCUACUCUGCUCCAACAUGAAAAUCCUCCACACUUUGAAUUAGUUGUGUUCCUUUCGGCAAUGCAGGAAGGUACUGGAGAAAUAUGCCAAAGGAGGACAUCCUACCUACCCUCUGAGAUCAUGUUACAUCACUGUUUUGCCUCUCUGCUGACCCGGGGUUCCAAAGGUGAAUACCAAAUCAAGAUGGAGAAUUUUGACAAGACUGUUCCUGAACUUCCAACUCCUCUGGUCUCCAAGAGCCCAAACAGGACUGACCUGGACAUCCGUAUCAAUGGACAAAGCAUGGACAAUUUUCAGAUCUCUGAAACAGGACUGACAGAAUAAGCACACUAUUUUUUAAUGUAUUAUGCAGCUACUUUUCCUUCAUCAUAUCUCGUUUUCUUUUUUUCAAUGCUGAUUACAUCAUGGUAACAAGCCUAUGCCCAUAAAAGUGGCUGAGCUAAUAAUACACAUUCUGGAAAUUUAACAUUCUACCUUACAAUUUGAAUCUGUGGUCAUCUCCUGAAAUCAAUCCAUCUCAACAUGACAGAUAUUUAUACAGAAACGUUGAUGAAUUUUUAAUAAUGUGGAUGAUACCACUAACGAAGGGAAAACGGGACAGUAAAGUUUAACUCAGCUGACUCUAAGAUCAACGACAAAUCUCUCAUUUUCAUCUGCAAGUUGAAGCAACAGUCUAGUUUGAAACCUAGCUCCCUAGGUAGAAUAAUGAUUUCACAAACAACUUAGCGAACAUCCUCUUAAAAGUGUUAUUUUUUCAAGACAACAAAGAUCAUUCCUCUGGUUCUUCAUACUACGAAGCUGGAGUAAGUAUUACCCCCUUAAUUUUUUAAUAUAUAGGAACAAAAAUUCAUAAGAAAAACAACCAAAGAGAGAUUUAUACAUAGCUCUAAAGGCAUUUAAGGAUUAUGCCCAAACACAUGCACAUGUUUACAUAUUUGUAGCAGAAAGUGAUGAGAUCAACAAAGAGCUCCAGCCUGAAUGGAACCUCUAAGGUGGUAUUUUUGCAAGGAGAUGCAAAAUUAUAUCUACUAUAAAGCUACCCUGCAUAAUAAUCAGUGACUGAAAAAUCAUAAUCAACCAUUCAUUUGAAUGGCUUCUUCGAGGUAAAAAAUUCCUUUCUUACCUAUGAUCUGUUCAAUGAUAUGAAAUACAGAACCCUAAAUAACCCAUAAAUGCAAAGCUAUUUAAGUUUUUGUAGAAAAAGGUUUACUUAUACAUAAUUCAAAAAGGAAAAAUGUCUCCAAUAGAUAAAGCAAAAAACAAUUAGGCAACAAAGUAUUUUCAAACCCAAAUUCCUGUUUCCAACUUCAAAUAGUUUUUUCUAUAAACACAAAAUGAGUGUUUAUUCACCAGUAGGAGGUUGGACUAGAUAAACUCUAUUAUUUCUUACCAAAUCUAAUACUCCAUGAAAAUUAUACUCUCUCUGCUUCAAUCUUUAUUUAAUAUAUACUUAGAUGAACCCUUUCCCUUACCUCCAGUUUAAUUUAAAACCAUUCUCUGCAUACCCUUCAUUUUGAUUUAAAAAAAAAAAAAACUGUCUUCAAAGUCAACAAGACAGAAAAGUCACCCUAUCAGAUUUCAAGUCGAUUUGUGGCUGCUCUUCUUUUCUGAAAUUCCUCUUAUUCAGGUUUAGUAGGAAAAGUGAAGAUUAACCCUCUCCACUGAUGAUGAUCUAGCCUGGAAUCAGCCCAGGAAAUAAACACUAGCCUAGUAAAGGCAAUCGGUUGUGACAAGCAGGGCAGAGCAGCAGUCACAUUUUCCUACUCUUUGACCAAAAGGAAAAGCAAAUAAAGAGCUCUGGAGUAGUCAAACACUGAUAACAGGAAGAAAAAAAAAAGUCAAGAACACAGAAACUUAAUUGUUGUAAAGUCUUAGGCAUCCUUAAAUGCUAGUCAGACGAAUAGACUUUUUUCCCAACCCAGGACUGUCAUAACACAUAUAGACAAGAGGAAUUCUUAUCUCUAUAAUAAAGUAACAAGAUUCACCUAAUCUGUGAAAAUAAAGUAGUAUCAAAGAUUUA